CACACUCAGCGCAAAUUACAUUUCCAUUCUAGUUACUCAACGGUCUCACGUCUAACGACGAUUCACCCAGUCAUCUUGACCCUGAAAGAUGUUAUCCUUCUCAGUUAUCCUAUCAAAGCUCAGUAGUCUUGUUCUCAUAUGCGUUCUCGUCAAUUCCAUUUUAUUCAACACUGUGUGUGCCCGCCCGACUUCUUUGGCGGUGUUCGAUCUUCGCUAUGAUCCUUCCGUAACAGGGCGACUUGGGCAACGUAGCAAUCCUCACGAUGAUGGUCUAACCAACCUCCCAUUCUACCGCGCCCGGUUCAACAUCCAUGACUUCCCUAUCGUCAUAGCAAGUAGCGAAUCGUAUAAUCUCGAAGAAAAGCGGAGGCUCUGCAUCGGGAUCAGAUGCUUUUCAACAGAUGAACUUGGUUCGUCGGAAUUUCGCGUCGAGCUAUCGGAAUAUCGUGCAAAGGUUCCGACACAUACAGAUGCAGCAUAUGAAGUUUUUGGGUUCGUGUCGUUCCAUGAUGAGGAACAGAAGAGGAAAAUUAUGGAGUGCUUGAUCAAGGAGGUCCCAGAGCAACUGAAAGGAGAUGAAGAGUAUUACCGGAACUGGAUGAUUCGUUAUCUCAAAAGUGAGAAUGUGUACAAGGCUUCCGAGGGACAUUAGUAUCUAGUGACGAAGUGUAACGCGACGUAUUUAGUCUAGGCAAUCAAGUUUGGGAGAUCAUAUCAUACAAGAGCACCAGAUCCAGCGAAGUAACGACCUUUCUUCCUUUACUUUCGGA